AUGGGCGCCAGAGCAUGGGACUACGAGGCGCUGCCGGAACUUCACACCGCGACGGCGGUCACGCCGUCCUCGACACCGCCGAAUGCACAACAAAAGCCACAUUCGCCAAGGGUGUACUUCCAGGCGGAGAAUUUGGCCUCGACCAGGAGACGGAGCAGUUCGAAGUUACUCGCGCCGCAAUCGUCGUGCAGAAGACGCAGCAGAAGCAUGAGCGCAUGGAGCGACCUGUCGAGAUCGUCGUUCAAGCUCGACGAGAGGUAG